AUGGAUUAUGGCAUGUUCCGCUUUUGUGUAGCUGAUAGUGAGCAUGACUGGCGAAAGGGUUCAGAACAAUAUAGGUUCCUUGAGAAAUGCCUUGCAUCAGUUGAUAGACGAAAGCAACCUUGGUUAAUCUUUGUUGCUCAUCGUCCCCUUGGGUAUUCCUCUAAUGAUUGGUUUGGCGAAGAAGGCUCAUUUGAAGAGCCCAUGGGAAGGGAUGACUUGCAGAGGCUUUGGCAGAAGUACAGGGUUGAUAUCGCUUUCUAUGGCCACGUCCAUGCCUAUGAAAGGACAUGCCCCAUUUACCAAGUAUGGAUAGAGCAACCUAAUAUGGAGGUUCCUUAG